CUUGUUAAGACCCCCUUAAGUUGGAGGAGGCAGAAAGGCAACAACAGCGAGGAAGGAGAAGUCAAGACGUCUGGAAAGAAUUACCCAGUCCUGGCUUCCAGCAGCCCAUUGAACCAGGGACUUGAACCAGCCCCAGCCAAAGACUUUCUCCCGAUUCUGCGCUUCCUGGGUUCUGCUGAGACUUCACCGGGCUUUUCUUGAUACGAAAAAGAAAAGAGACUUUCCGUUAUCAGGGGAGGGGGAACUGGAGCAAAAUAAUAAUAAUAAUAAUAAUAAUAAUAAUGAUAAUAAUAAAAUAAAAAUAAAGUUAAUUUAUUUUUAAAGCACAAAUUUUUCUUUUAAGAAUUAGACUGAAGUGCAACGGAAAUAUUAAAAAGAAUAGUGGUGAAAUUUCCUUUUAAAGUGGGGGUGAACCAAACAUUUCAGACUACCCCCCCAUCCUUUUUAAAUGUUGUUUUUAAAUUUUUUAUUUUUUUUGGCCGGUCGUCUCAAAUUCAUCUGAUCUCUUAUUACCUCAAUUUUGGAAACUGCCCGCCACCGACCCUCCGGGACCACACAGACAGUCUGAGGACAACUUUAUGACCAAGAGCUGAACAAGAUGCAUUGUGAGAGGUUUCUCUGUAUCCUGAGAAUAAUUGGAACCACACUUUUUGGAGUCUCCCUCCUCCUUGGAAUCACAGCUGCUUACAUUGUUGGCUACCAGUUUAUCCAAACAGAUAAUUACUAUUUCUCUUUUGGACUGUAUGGUGCCUUUUUAGCAUCACACCUCAUCAUCCAAAGUCUGUUUGCCUUUUUGGAGCACCGAAAAAUGAAAAAAUCCUUAGAAACGCCCAUUAAAUUGAACAAAACCGUUGCUCUUUGCAUCGCCGCGUAUCAAGAAGAUCCAGACUACUUACGAAAAUGUUUGCAAUCUGUGAAAAGGCUAACCUACCCCGGGAUUAAAGUUGUCAUGGUCAUAGAUGGGAACUCAGAAGAUGACCUUUACAUGAUGGACAUCUUUAGUGAAGUCAUGGGCAGGGACAAAUCAGCCACUUAUAUCUGGAAGAACAACUUCCAUGAGAAAGGUCCUGGUGAGACGGAUGAGUCACAUAAGGAAAGCUCACAGCAUGUCACCCAGUUGGUCUUGUCCAACAAGAGUAUUUGCAUCAUGCAAAAAUGGGGUGGAAAAAGAGAAGUCAUGUACACGGCCUUCAGAGCACUGGGACGAAGUGUGGAUUAUGUACAGGUUUGUGAUUCAGACACCAUGCUUGACCCUGCGUCAUCUGUGGAAAUGGUAAAAGUUUUAGAAGAAGACCCUAUGGUCGGAGGUGUCGGGGGAGAUGUCCAGAUUUUAAACAAGUAUGAUUCCUGGAUCUCCUUCCUCAGCAGUGUGAGAUACUGGAUGGCUUUUAACAUAGAAAGGGCCUGCCAGUCUUAUUUUGGGUGUGUCCAGUGCAUCAGUGGGCCUCUGGGAAUGUACAGAAACUCCUUGCUGCAUGAAUUUGUGGAAGACUGGUACAAUCAGGAAUUUAUGGGCAGCCAAUGUAGUUUUGGUGACGAUCGGCAUCUAACGAACCGAGUGCUGAGUCUGGGCUAUGCAACAAAAUACACAGCUCGAUCCAAGUGCCUUACGGAGACACCUAUAGAAUAUCUGAGAUGGUUAAACCAGCAGACCCGUUGGAGUAAGUCCUACUUCCGAGAGUGGCUGUACAAUGCGAUGUGGUUUCAUAAACAUCACUUGUGGAUGACCUAUGAGGCAGUUAUCACUGGAUUCUUCCCUUUCUUCCUCAUUGCCACAGUAAUCCAGCUCUUCUACAGGGGAAAAAUUUGGAACAUCCUCCUCUUCUUGUUAACUGUCCAGUUAGUAGGUCUCAUAAAGUCAUCCUUUGCCAGCUGCCUUAGAGGAAAUAUUGUCAUGGUCUUCAUGUCCCUCUACUCAGUGUUAUACAUGUCAAGUUUACUUCCCGCCAAGAUGUUUGCAAUUGCCACGAUAAACAAAGCUGGGUGGGGCACAUCUGGAAGGAAAACCAUUGUUGUUAAUUUCAUAGGACUCAUUCCAGUAUCAGUUUGGUUUACAAUCCUCCUGGGCGGUGUGAUUUUCACCAUUUAUAAGGAAUCCAAGAAGCCAUUCUCAGAAUCCAAACAGACCGUUCUAAUUGUUGGAACGUUGCUCUAUGCAUGCUAUUGGGUCAUGCUUUUGACGCUGUAUGUGGUUCUCAUCAAUAAAUGUGGCAGGAGGAAGAAGGGACAACAGUAUGACAUGGUGCUCGAUGUAUGAUCUCACGUUGUUUGACGUUUGCAGUCACACACGCAGACACACACAAAACCUUAGUUCCUCUUGUGGCAUCAGAUAGUGCCACCAAAGGAGACAUAUCACUGCUGCUGGGACUUGAACAAAGACAUUUCUAUGGGUUUAUUUUGAUUCUGCCAAAGUAAAACAAGACAUCAAUGAGAAGAAACUCAGAGUUUAACCUGUUAUUUCUAUGAAAAUGGGAAACAUUCUUUGUUUAUGCACUUUUUCCUUACUGUACAUCUGCCUAACAGUGUUUGUCCUAUAUACCUCACUAGCCAUGCUUUAUGUGGGUUAUCACGGAAGAAAAGGAUUUUGGAAACUCAAGGAAAAGUUCUUUCAACGUAUACAACCUAACUUAUGGACUGUGUUGAUAGCUAAUUUUUUUUUUUUUUAGAAAGGAUUUUCUGUUUAA